AUGUCCAAGAUCAAACCAGGUCUAGUCGUCCAGUCUGCCAACGCAUCCCCAUCUCUGGCCGGCACAAACGCAGAUGGAAUGACGGUGACACUAACCGAAUUCGCAGUCAAGGCCGGUCUGGAUGCAACCAAUUCACCCAGGACGCAACUGGAGGUCGACGUCGAUGGCCUGACAGUUGUGGCCGAGGAUUCCGCCAAUCAAAGCAUGACAUUCACGAACGUACGCCCUUCAUCGAUCCUCCGCAUUUGUAUUCUCCGCAAGAGUCGUCUCGGCCGUAUCAGAGAUCGCGUUCUCGGAGAGUACGAUGGAAUAGUUGUCGAGCUUCUGUCGGAAGGUAUUUGCACCGUCAUGAAAUCUUUACACUCACAGUCUUCUAACAGGACAGAGACAGGCAGCACAGGGAAGACGGUCAAACUGGUACCCGUCAACUCAAAAGCCAGCCCCGUCGAGUUAUUCUUCCGCAUUGUCAUCGACGAUAGUCUGCCUACGUCUCUCGACGAGCUAGGACUGGAAGCCGCCACGGUUUCUCUCGCAAACACUCGUCUGACUCUCGCGCGGCGGGAAGCUGGGAAGUUCAUCUCGACAGUCUCUGACACUGUGGAUACUACAAUAUCCAUUGGGACCCAGGCUCAAGCAGUCGCUGAGGGUGCAAGGAAGCUCGACAGCGAGCAGGUCAUCGGGGUCUUGGUCGCAAUGUUGGACGCUGUGGUCAGAGUGGGGGACGAGCUAUCAGCGGCCCAUCCGAUGAUCAAAGUCGCCUGGACCGUCGUAACAUGUCUCUACAAGGCUUCUAAGGCUCAACGGGAGCUCGAUGAAGACACUCGACAGCUCUCAGAGGAGAUUUCUGUCAUGCUCGCUUACGUGGCAGCAUGCAAGGAUCUAGCGCCAGUCGAGGGGAGAGGGAACAUGGUUUUGCGAGCUGUGGAACUGACACAAGCGGGGGCUUGCUUAAUAGACACAUGCAUGUCACACCGAUUUGAAGUGCGUGUGGUCGUGGCGCCGUUCACCAACAUGAAGGCUCGCAUUGAAGAUUGUCGAAGAAAGGAUGGCAGGAAAGAAAAUGCUUCGGCAAGACAGGAAGCCAUGUUGCUGCAGCUGCCCUUCGCUCGGGACGCAACCUGGGAUCGAAGCCGGGCCUAUCCUGGCAAAGCGAGCAUCUUUUGGCUCACUGCACCUCCCGGAGCAGGAAAGACUGCUUUCGCUCAUACAGCUGCUCUCAAUGCAUCGUCAUCGAGAGAGAUAGUCCUCCUGUCGUUCUUUUUUGAGCGUGCUGUCAGCGACAGGAACAACCCACGAGCCUUCGUAGGCACCCUCAUUCAUCUUCUCAGCGGCCUCAAUCCACAGUUCAAGGCCUCUCUCUGUAGCACUCUGGAUGAGAAGCGAGAGCUUCCAUCUGCGUCAUCUAUACGCCAAUUCGACGAACUUCUAAUACAUCACGCUGCGACCUUUGCCAAUCAGCGCAUGCUGCUGAUCAUAGAUGCUUUGGAUGAAUGCUCUGAGUCCUCUGACGACCUCAUGGCUAUUCUUCGCGACCAAAUUCCUGUACUUCCUCCGUCAUUCCAUGUCUUCAUCACUUCCCGUCCAGAGAAGACUCUCCUCCGACGCUUGCAACAACUGCGAAAUGUUCGCCACCAUAAAUUCGAACUCGAGGAUGACGAUAACCUGUCGGACAUAGCCACCUACAUCCGUCAACGGUUUGAUACAAUUGCCAUUGAUCACGGCUUGGAAGAGUCUUGGCCUGGCGAGGAACGACGUUACUUGUUCGUUGAGAAGGCUAGUGGUCUGUUCGCGUGGGCAUCUGUGGCUCUGGACUACAUCGGGCGAGUUAAGCUCUUUGGACGAGAUGUGAAGCUCCAAGAGGUCCUCUCACAAAGCAGCACACGUGUCACACCCGUCCAGGAAAGGAUGGAUGAACUAUAUAUGACCGUCCUUGGGACGUGCGACUGGGACGACAAGGAAUUUGUCCAAGGUUAUCAGCUUGUUGUCGGCACUGUAGUUGCCUCACGGCAGCCCUUGUCGAAGUCAUCUCUAGAACAUCUUUUGGGUGAUACAGCCGGUGUCGUCGCUGAAGUCCUCAAUAUUCUUUCACCACUUUUCACCGAGUGGGAGACGGACGAUGUACCGAUCCAGCUCCUCCAUCUGACACUCUAUGACUUCCUCACGCACCGACAACGAUCAAAUGGAUACUUCAUCGAUGGCGUUGAGCAUUCACGUCGCAUCGGUCUGCAAUGCUUAGUCGUUCUAACAGAGACAUUCAAGGACGGAGUGUCCGGUUUGGGGUACUCUUCAUUCUGGGAUGAAUACAUAUUUCGACCCCUUCCGGUGGUCGAUAUUCCUGAGAGUAUCGCAUAUGCCUGCAGCUUCUGGAUUGAGCACAUAUGUCUCGUGCAGCCCCCUAUGGAGAAGCAGUAUAUUGAUGCACUUGAAGCAUUCACUCCCUGUGUCAUCUCCUGGGUAGAGCUUGUAAGUCUCAGGAAUGUGUUUCCAGCCCUCACCAAGCUACGGGAAUGGGUUAUGGUAUAUGCCUUUGUUUGA